AUGGACUUAUAUGUACGACCUCCUGAACCCUUGUCUAAUAGUGGAGAUAUGGGUCAGAAUUGGCAAAAGUGGAAGAAAGACUUCAUGAUAUUUAUGACAGCAAGCAAUUGUAUAAAUAAACCAAAAAAUUAUCAAGCUUAUCUUUUGAGAACUUAUAUAGGAAAGAUGGGUCAAGAUAUCAUAGAAAAAAUUGUUUCAAAUAAUUUAAAGGAAAGAGAUGACAUGAAUAUAUUAUUAGCAAAACUUGAUAAACAUUUUUGUCACCCUAAAAAUGAAGUUAUAGAGCGAUAUAAUUUUUUUAACUCAAACAAAAAACCAGAUGAAUUGAUUGAAGAUUAUAUUAUGGAUUUGAAAAACAAAGCAAAAAAUUGUAAUUUUGGAAAUAUGACAGACAGUUUAAUUAGGGACAAAAUAAUUAUUGAAUUUAAAGAUAAACAACUGAGAAAAAAAUUGUUUAAUGUAGAAAAUCUUAAUUUAUCAAGACUAGUAUUAAUUUUUAAUGAACAUAUGUCUACAAUGCAAAAGAAUCAACAGAAUGUACCAAAGACAAAUAAAAUUGAUAAUAUAUCUAACAAUGAUAUCAAAAAUCUAGAUGAAGAAGCUGGUAAUUCGAACAGGAAUGAAAAAUCAGUAAAUAUACCACAUAGGAAAAAAUGUAGUAAAUGUAAUCAGGGGCAUCCUAUGAGAGCAUGUCCUGCUUGGGGUUUUAAAUGUGAAAAAUGUGGCAAAUAUAAUCACUACACCAAUUGUUGUCCAUAUAAGUUUACUGAAAAAAAGGAAGUAAAUGUAUGUUCCUAAUUAGUACAUAGAUAUAUUAAGCUUGUCUUUUCAUUUUAUUAAUAAUUAUAUUUUUAUUUUAAUAAAUUUUAGGAAAAAACAAAUAGCUUUCUUAAUGUAAGUCCACAAAGAGAUAAUCAACAGAUAAAUAAUGAGAAAUUCAAGAAUUUAUUUAUUUAUAUCUAAAUAAAACUAUAACAAUUAUAUAACAUUUUUUAUAGUAUGCUACUGCUCCACCAAUGUUUGAUAUUGAUCACAUAUAUCCAAAUCUAAAUUAUGUGAGAUCUCAAGAAGCAAUGGUAUGUUCAAAACAAAAAAAAAAAAGACAAAUAUAAUAAACAAGACAUUAAUAGCGAUUUCUUUGUCUAGAAUACGAUUAAUUGGUCAUGGAUGGAAAAUAAAUCAAAUGAAAAUUUACAAAAAAGUGUGGCAUCACAGGUGAGCAGUUUUUUUAAACUUGUAUCUUAACAUUUAAUUAAAUUAUUCAAUCUUAUUUUCUACUUUUCUACUUUCUACUUUCUACUUUUCUAUUUUUCAACAAGCACCCAAACAAGAACAACACAGAUCAAAGAACUUCUAACAUGGAAAAUAUACCUUGUGAAACGUCUAAUAACAAAUGCCGAUUAUCAUAA